AUGAUCGAUCAACUUUUUAAAAUUAUCGGAUCAUCUUAUUCAGGGGGUCAAACUCCAAAUUUUAUUGUAUAUAAUCGUAAUAAUGUUGCACAAGAAAAAAUAAUUUCGAAAGGGUCCGAUUCCGAUUUAGAGGAAACAACAAAUAAUGAUUAUGCUAAAGCAGUGGAGUAUCAAUCAUUAGUUUUAAUCCCUGAAAUCUUUAUGUGA